AUGUCUCUCAAGGCUCGGAUCUCGUCUCCUCUCGAGGCCGGAAGGUCCAUCCUCGACGCCGAUCACCUGCCCCCACACCUGACUGCAGCCCUGGAGUAUGCGUCCAAGAGGUUGGCGAGAAAGAGCCUCGACAUUACGCUCGUCGUCGUACGCCGGGAAUAUCAGCUGCCUCAGCCAUCCCCUACGGUGGCGGCAGCCUCGGUACCCCCUGAGGCGAGCGCAACUCCCGCCCAGGUGCCGAGUGCGCCUUCGAGGGCUGGCUUCUCUUCCGCCAUCAAGCAGCUCGUCAGGACGGGGACGCACCCCGUCCUCCCCAGCCUCGACAAGACCCGCAAUGCCGAACUGCAGCGCAGCAAGACAGUCUCCCCUGCCUUCUCUCUCUCGUCUGUCGACACCACAGGCCCGAGGUUGAGGUGGCCUCUGUCGCCGACCAGCCCGACCAUGCCCAUGACGCCCGCCACACCUGCCACUACCGUCUCGUCCACAACCACCGAUGCGUCCCCUCAGUCACCCAACCCCUUUGGCAUCCGGCUCGUCCACGCCGAGCCGCUGCAGCACAGGGAGGAGCGGGUCCUCCGGCAGACAAUCGAGAAGGCCGAGCGGAAGUUUCGCAUUGGCACCGACUGGCUACCGGCCGCCCUCUCCGCCGCCCAAUCAGGGCUGACCGCCGAGCUCCUGCGGCGCUCCGUCGCCCAGGGCGAGGUCCUCUUCUCGGCACCCGGGCUCAGCCUCCUGAGCCUGGACCACCUCUACACCUUCAAGUCGGCCCUCUCGAGCUACUCGGCCGGCCACGAGCCGUACCGCCUCGAGGACGCCGUCGACGAGCUGCGGCGGUUCGUCCUGGCCAACGGGCGGCGCAGGCUGCCCAAGAGCCAGCUGCUGCGCGCGUACGAGUGGCUCGGCUUCGAGGAGGGCGCCCUGGCCGAGGUGCAGAGGAUGUACGCGCGGGCGUACGGCGGCGCCGGCGGGGACUGCGGCAUCGAGGCCGACGGCCUGAGCUCGAGCCCCGUGACUUCGCCGGAGCCGUCGGUGAGGGAGGAUCAGGACGACGAUGGGUCUGGCAGCGAGGUCGAGACUGAGUUCGAGUGCGAGGGCGUCGUCGACGUCGUCGAGCCGGAGGAGCAGGAGCAGGAGCAGGAGGCGGAGCAGGAGGCGGAGGCGCCGUCUCCAGCGCGCACACCGGCGGCACAGCCAGUCCAGAAAGCCCCCGUCCUGAAGCUGCAGACGACCUUUGACAAGCCGGUGGUCGGAGCCCCAGCCCAGGACAAGAAGAAAAUGCGCGAGGCCCAGAUCACGGGGCACGAGAAGCUGGACCUGCGGAUCGAGCUGGACGAGGCGGAAGACGGCGACGGCGAGGAAGAGCUGACGGCCCGGCCGGACGAGAACCGCAGGGUGCUGUCGUUCUGGAACAGCACUUCGAUCGACGGGCUGCUCCACGCGGACCCGAGGGCCUCGCAGCUGUCCCAGCUCUCCCAGAGGCAGGGGCCGAUGACGCCCAAGGGGUAUGACGACAUCUCCCCGAUCACCAGAGGCGAAUGGGGUUUCCUGAUGGGAGGGCAGGUUGGGAGGCAAGUGGCAGUCACGACUUGCUAG